AUGUUCGAGGUCGGCCGGCCACUGGGCAAGGGCAAAUUUGGACGGGUAUAUCUCGUACGAGAACGCUCUAGCGGCUACAUUUGCGCAUUGAAGACUUUGUACAAAGCCGAGUUCCAACAAUUCCAAUUGGAGAAGCAACUCUAUGGCCACUUCCAUGAUGAGAAGCGAAUAUUUCUCAUACUCGAAUUUGCUGGGCAAGGCGAGCUUUACAAACAACUGCGCAAAGAGCGUCGUUUCCCCGAGUGGAAAGCUGCCCAAUAUGCUGCACAGAUGGCGAGUGCUUUACAUCAUAUGCAUCGCAAGCACGUUAUUCACCGCGAUAUCAAGCCCGAGAACAUCCUGGUUGGCAUUCAUGGAGAACUCAAGCUCGCGGAUUUUGGCUGGAGUGUACAUGCGCCGAAUUCCCGCAGGCUUACCAAAUGUGGAAUGCUGGAUUACCUACCCCCCGAGAUGUGUGAUCGUCGGCGAAGUGAUCAGCCAUACGACGACAAGGUAGGUCUCUGGUCUUUUGGGGUCUUGUUAUAUGAGUUCUUGGUCGGAGAAGCAUCAUUUGAGGACACACCUGUCUUGACGGAGCGAAGGAUUACCAAGGCUGAUAUGUUGAUCCCUUCGUUCAUUAGCCCUCAGGCUAAGGAUCUGAUUGAACGUCUGCUUGUCCUCGAUGCUAGGAAGAGACUUCCUCUGGAAGACGUACUAACACACCCAUGGGUUAUGAAGUAUUGCUCGGAAGAUUACAAAAGGCCUCAUCGCGAACACAAGGACACAUAG